AUGUCUAAUUUCGGAGUGAUCCCCGCAUGGCCCACCUGGAGCGGAGGUCCGACGAACCGCUGGGCUGCCGAGGAGUGGUUUGACGCAUACCCUGACAAACAGUCCAUGGUCACGAAGCACGGGUUCUUCCUGGAAGAGGAUAUCUCGCAGUUCGAUGCCAAGUUCUUCGGUAUUUCCAGCACGGAGGCACACGCCAUGGAUCCUCAGCAGCGCCUGUUCCUGAUGACGACGUACGAGGCAUUGGAAGAUGCCGCCAUCCCCGUCGAGACAUUGCGAGGGUCGAAUACCGGUGUCUUUGCUAGUAUAUUCGAGAGGGGCUACGACAGGAUGGGACACAAGGACCUGUCCACAAUUAGCAAUACGCAUAUGAACGGGACAGGGGAAGCGAUCCUCUCAAACGGGAUCUCGUACUGUUUUGACCUGAAAGGACCAUGCAUGACUAUUGACACUGGCUGCUCCGGAAGUCUGGUGGCCCUUCAUCAAGCAUGCCACAGUCUCAGGCUGGGCGAGUCAGACCUCGCCUUGGUUGGUGGCUCGCAACUUGUUAUCCACCCGGAUGCUCUCACCAUCAUGAGCGGCAUGGGCAUGCUCAACCCCGAUGGCAAGUCUUAUGCCUUCGACUCGCGAGGCGAAGGGUAUGGACGCGGUGAGGGCGUGGCCACGAUUGUUCUCAAGCGUUUGGACCGCGCACUCGAGGACGGGUAA